GGCUGUGGUGCCAAUCGAAAAUUUCAAUCGGGAAAUAUAUAUGUAUAUAUGUCGAUAUUCAAUGUGAAAGUGAACUGCUCGCUAAAUGCCGAAAAUAAGCAUUUCAGAAUUGAAUGAAAAGUCGUGGCGGAAAAUGAAACGCAGUGAAGGCGACAACGCACAACUGGUGCCUGUUGUUACAUAAAAGCCAACCUCGCCCUCUCUUCGUCAUCGUCUCGAGAAGUCACCAUUAAUAACAUCAUCAACAUCAUCAUCAUCAUCAUCAUCAGAAGCAGCAGUAGAAGCAGCAGCAGCAGCAGCAGCAGCAGCAGCAGUACCAGAAGCCGAGUAACAAAAUCUAUACGUAUAUAUCGGAAGCAGUGAAUAAAAAUCAACGAAAACAGACAGACAGCUGCUAGGAGGAGCGGCCGACAGGGGGGGCCAUCCAGUCAGCCACACAACAUGAGCGUCUUUGAUGACUUUCAACGUUUGUGGAUGCAGCGAUUCCCGCAGAGCUCCCUGUCCGAUGCCUGGGAGCAGGAUGUGCGGGCGAGCCUGGAGCGGCACAAGCUCAAGAUCUGUGAGCUGAGCAAAGAGCUGGAGCAGGAGACACUCUAUGUGGAAUAUCUGGAGCGUCUGCUAUCCGAUGUGGAGAAAUAUCGUGCCUCUGGUGGAGAUCCAACCGCUCUGUUUGAGGCGGCCAGCGGGAGCAGCGGGAAUGGAAACGGCAAUGGGAGCAAUAAUGGCAGCAGCGCCACCAAUGGUGCAGGAGCGGGAACAACAACUGGCGUGGAUAAAGAGUUUAAAUCUAGCUUAAAUCUGCGCGAAUCGUCGUCGUCGGGUAAGGACAAGGACCGCCUGUCCUUGAACACCGACAACAAGUACACACACACAAAUGCUGCCGGAACGGGAACGGGAACGGGAACGGGGAGCAGCAGCAGCGGUAGCACCACCGUUCCGCCACAAUCAGCGCCACCAACGGGGGCAGGUGGCAAGCGGAUACCGCAGCUUAUAGAGCGCGAGGAUCGGGACAAGGAUAGUGGCACUGAAAAGGAUGCCAAUGGAGCCUUGCAGCAGUGCAUCACAGAGCUGGCGGCCUCCAUCAAAGCCCAGCCGGACAAUGGAACUGCACAAGGUGGCGGAGGAACUGGUGGAGAUGCAGACAAGGAGUCUACAAAAGUGCCGCUGCGCAAGUCCACAUCGCAGUACGUUACCGUCAUCCAGGUCAAGGAGGCCAAAGACAAAGAGGGUGACGAUACAGCCACGUCGUCGACGUCGGUCAAUGACCAGCAACAGCAACCCACGCCGCCCUCCACAUUCGCUCGCUAUGCGGGCAACGCUGGAGGAGGAGGAGGACUGGGUGCGGAACCCUCGGCCCCGCCACUGUCACCAUCGCUCACCUCGUAUGCGGCCCACGUGGAGGCCAAAAAGAAAAUGCCACCCAGACCUCCGCCCAAGAAUAUACGACGCGUGGAACCGCCCACCAUUCCCAAUCAACAGCAGCUGUCAUCCUCCCCCAAACGGGAUACACCCUUCACGGGCAGCACAAUGCCGCUGCCUAGCAGCUCCGGCGGCAGUCUAUCUGCCUCCUCGGACAGUCCAGGCAACUCGCUGGAGCGGAAUAUCAAACCCUCAGACAUACUCCGGCAGAAAUCAUCGGAGAAUCUGGACUCCAAAUAUGCAGCGAAUCGUAAGACCACACCGGAAUUGGGCAAAUUCGUGAAUGUGAAUAAUCCGGAAUUGAUGGAGGAGCUGGGACGUAAAAUGGUGGGCAAGACAACCGAGAAUAGCAACAGCUUGGAGCAGGCAAAGCGCAGCGAUGCGGGCUCCUCGUCUUCCCCUUCGAGCGGCGGCGGCGGCGGCAGCUUGGGACGCACAGCAUCCACGCCAGGACGAGCCCUGACGCCGGGACGUAGCACAGGUGUAGGUGCAUCGCCCACGGGCAGUCUUAGCAAGACGGCUAAGCUGGCGGCCACAGAUAGCAGCUCGACGAGCAGCCUGGAGAAGAAGUCACGGACUUCUUUGCAGGCCAGCGAUGCGGAAGGCGGUUCAGGGAAUCAGAGAAGUGCGGGCUCCAAGGAGUCACUGGCAUCCCAAGGCAUAUCAGAGGUGAUCAAGAGCUAUGAGAGCGUUUCCUCGCUGAGUUCGGACAGCGCCAAGGCGGCAGCGGCGGCAGCAGCAGCGGCACAGGCAACAGCAUCAACGGUGGCAGACAACGAACCUUAUUACGAUAGUGUACCGCUGGAUAAUGGCGAGGGCGAAUAUGUGUUUAUAAAGCCCGGACGUACAGGCUCCUCCUCCAGUCGCGAUGACCUAUCGACACCCGGCAGUAGUAGCACCCUGCCCCUGGCCAAUGUGACGGAUCCCGAAUCUCCAGGCCGGACCUCCAACUAUGUCAACAUUGACUACUUCCUACAACAGAGCAACGAGACGCGCUCCAGCUCACUGGACAGCGACGGGGAGUACGAGGGUCCGCCCAUAUUGCGCACCAUUUCGCAUGAUGAGCAGAACACCACAUCAUCGCAAACCACGCCGGGAGCCCUGCGCAAGAACUUAGUUUCAGCAAUACUUGUCUGUGGAAAUGCACGCGGUGCCAAAAUACGUUCCAUACUCAGCUCGAUAAUCCAGAGUGAGACGAUCUAUGUGGAGUGCCUCAAUAAAAUGAUGCAGUACAAGAAGGCGAUCCAUGCCACGCUCAACACCUCACAGCCUGUGAUCAAGGAGGAGGAGGAGAAUACGAUUUUCUUUAAAAUCGAUGAACUGUUUGAGCUACACACUGGUUUCCUCAACGAUCUGAAAACCAUAGUAUCCCAUGAGGGUGGCGAUGUGCUCAUUGGAGAACCCUUUCGCCGUCUGGCCGAAAUGUUUGAUCUGUAUAGCGCCUUUUUGCACAAUUACAAGAACGCCAUCGAUACGGUGAAGAAAUGCAGUGCAAAUAAUCCGCAAUUCAAGAAGAUUGUAUCCACAAUUGUGGUUAAUCUUCAGACAGAGCAAUCGUUGACGCUGGAGGAUUUGCUGCACAAGCCGGUUGCGAGGGUACAGAUUAAUGCAUUGGUCUUCAAUGAUCUGCUGCGCGAGACACCGAAUGCCCAUCCCGAUCAUCAGCCACUGAGGCAGGCGCAAAAGAUCAUCCAGAUGUUCCUCAAUCAGUUCAAUGUGGUCAAUCAACGGCUGCCCAGCGAAUCGAAUCGCAAUCUGAGGCGUAUGGUACGCAAUUCGUUCAUUGUGGAGCUGGUCGACGGGCAUCGGAAGCUGCGUCACCUGUUCCUAUUCAACGAUGUGAUUGCCUGCGCCAAGUACAAGCCAUUGGGUAGAGAUCGCAUUGACUACGAGCUCAAAUGGUUCAUUCCGCUGAAGGAUGUGAGCAUUGUCGAGGAGGCUGACCCCGCCGCCGAGCUAAAGGAAUCUAGUCCCGCGAAUAUUUCGCAAGUGAAGCGCAAUUUGCGCUCGGUUCGCGAUCAAUUGGCACUGGAGGUGGCCAGCAGUGGCCCAGUACGGUCCGGUGAUAAAUACAAACGCAAGCUGGCCGAUCUGGAGUCACAACUGGUGCUGGCCACACCCAAUUUGGUGCUGCGGCUAAACAACAAGGCCAAUAACAAGACCAUGACCUUCUUCCUUAGCUCGGACUUUGAGCGAACGCAAUGGAUCGAUUCGAUAACAUCGCUCAAGCAAAAGUGCAACCUGCCUGGAGCCAAUACGAUCAACUCGCUGGAGGUGAGCGCCUUCAUUGUGGCCAUGCAGCGUGGCAUGAAGACUGAAAUGGGUUCGUAUCUGAUGCGCAACACCAAUGAUGAGAGCCUCUUGGUUGGUGACCUGCAUAUGGGUGUCCAAGGCUUGAGUGGCCUCGAGCAGGCGGCUGAUCUAUACAUCUGUGUGGAGGUGGACUCGUAUGGUCAUUAUUUCCGCAAGGCCACCACCAAGAUGAUUUGCCGAAGCCAAACGCCGCUGUGGAACGAGAGUUUCAUGCUCGAGCUGGAGGGUAGCCAGAAUGUGCGCAUUCUGUUGUACGAGGACAAGGAGCGACCGCUGUUGCGAGCCAAACACAUACUCAAGUUGAGCCUCAGCUGGCUGACGGAGACAACGCAAACGCGUAGCAUCAAGCUGAGCGAGACUUUGGAGCUGGGCUGCAGCUUCCGGUUUGUGCCCGGUGAGCUGUGCCGUGCCACCACCAAGCCGGGCGCCCUUUUCGGUGCCAAAAUGAGUCAAGUAUUAAAGCGCGAAAAACGCGACAUUCCGUUCAUCAUCAGUGCCUGCAUUCGCGAGGUGGAGCGUCGGGGGAUGCUGGAGGUGGGAUGCUAUCGCGUCAGUGGCUCGGCCUCUGAUCUGGCCAAGCUUAAGAAGGCCUUUGAGUCGGAUGCCUAUGAGGCUGAGCAGCUGCUGCGCGAAGUGGACAUCCAUUCGGUCACUGGCAUAUUGAAGAGCUUCCUUCGCGAGCUGCCCGAGGCUCUGUUUACAGAUCAGCUAUAUCCGCGAUUCUUUGACACCUUUAGUGCGUUUAGCAACAACAACGAAGCCACCAGGAUCAAUGAGCUGCUCAAGGUGUUUGAGGAGCUGCCGCAGGCGAACAAGGCUUCCAUUAGUCUGAUUCUAGAUCAUCUAAUUAGAGUCCACGAAAAAGAGGCGGACAACAAGAUGUCGCUGCACAAUCUGGCCAUGGUGUUUGGUCCCACCUUGCUGCGGCCAGGACAGACGCAGGUGAAGCAGAAGGAUCCGCUGGCAGCCAGCACUGUGGAUGUGAUGGCCCAGGCGGGCAUACUCUAUUGCUUCCUGCAGGCGCGCAAAAAGGAUUAGGAGGGAUACACACACACACACACAC